CAAAUGUGCAUUUACCAGUGCAGGCAGCUUAUAACAGUCGUGGCCUAAAGCAUUCCAGUUGCUGCUCAAGUAGAGAAGCACACAAAAGGCCCCUGACUGCUGCUGUCAUAUCUUCCUGCAGUCGAGACAGUGACAAGUUGUCCUCUUUAAUUGAAGAUCCUUGCAUAGACAAAAAAGUUAAAGUUGUUCUUUGUGAAACCAAAAAGGCACUUAUAAACUUUGAUGAUAAAUGUAUGAAAGGGCACUCAAAACAGAGUAGCAAGUGCAAAAGAAAACAUAAACAUUUCAGGAGGUUGCCUGACUCGGAGGCUAAAUCAGAUCCCUCUUUUGACUCACAAAAUGGGGGUAAGCAUAAUAAAAGUCACAAAUCUUCCCACGCAAGCCAUUGUCACAAGCCUUGCAAAACCAUGCAUCUUUGUGAUGUACAAGAGCCCAUUUCAGAUGGCUUGGAUUCUACUGGUAACUCCCCUGACAUAAGUGACGACAUUAGUGAAAACAGACCCGGGAAUGUUGCAAUAUCAUCUAAUGUUUUAUCUUUAGUCAAGGAAAGUUCAAAAGUUCAGUACAAUGCAGUCCAGGCAAUAAGAAAACGCUAUGUUUUAAACAGGCGGCUUAAAAUUAAAAAAUCUGUGACUGCCAGUGUCAACAAUAACUCUAGUCAGUAUUCAAAUGUUCCUUCAAACAACCCACUUGACCAGGAUGGGGCUGGUCAUUCUAAAGUUGAUAAAGAGGCUGUGUCAAACGUGACCAGAAAUGCACAGCCCUACAACAUAGCCACAAGCUGUGGAAAAUCAAAAGCUGUUAAAGUUGGAGGCAAGCAGAAGGAGAAAAAAAAUCACUACAAUGAGUGGCUAACAGAGGAUUGGUUCCAGAAGCAUUUUGACAACUCUGAGUCUAAAAAGCUUGACGAAGAACCAAAGGCCAAAUGGAGGGUGGUCACGCAUGACUCGCCGGGAAAGGUGAAGCUGAAAGUGGUCAGAGACUGUGGAUCUCCUGUCAGAAAGGCCAACAAAUCCUUGCUCAAGAACUCACAGGGCAGGCCUGAACCUUGGGAAGGAGGUCUGAAAAAGGCUUUGAUCAAAAGACACACCAGUAUGGUGGUCCCUCACAGUUCCAAAGGGAAAAUGCCUGUCAAAAGUCUUCACAGGUCCAUGUCAGACAGUAACUGCUUGGGUGCAAUGGUGUGUGUCACCUGUAGCAAGAGCAGCCAUGGAAAAAAAUUGUCCAGGUGUGAAAUUGGUCAUGGUGUAUGUGUCACAUGUUUGGAAGAUCAGGUCAAGGCCAUUCUUACGGGCAAGGUCAAGGUGGGUUAUUUUAAUUUUGAAGAAAUAUAUAAUACAUAUUUGUAAGAUUUCUGACUUUUUAACAAUUUUCCUUUUUUUAAACAAAAAAAUAAUUAAAUAAUCCUGCAAUUAAUAAUUUUAAAAUUCAUAUUCCCCAGCAAAGGAACAUAAAAUGCCCCUCGUCUAACUGUGAUAAAGUUAUAACAUUUGGUAAGUCAAUUAUGUCAUUGUCAAUUAUUUUUUUAAAAAUAAAUAAUUACCAAAACAGCCUUUAUUUAAAAGAAAUAGAUAAUAAUAAUCAUGGGGCGGUACUUCCUGAGCACCACAUUGUCUGUUGUCAAUUUCAGCUGGCCAUAUAUGAAAUAACCUUGCCCAGUCAUUGCCAACAAGCGCCACGUGCACCCCUAACAAGUUAAAUAAUGUAAAUUGAAUGAAGAACAAAUAAGUUUAUUUGUGAGACUCGUUCUUCCUUCAAUUUACACAGAAAUCAAUUGUAUAAAGUUAAGUGAGGCAAAGAUAAACAAAUAUUUCACAUUUGUUUCGUUAUAUUUCUUUUUAUUUUGCAUAUCAUUAUGUGCGUUAAGUAUAGAUUUAUAAUUGUAUAAAACUUUAUUUAAGUAUUUGGUAUAAUGACAUGCAGACUGUGAAAAGUUAACUCGCUAUCAAAGUAGCUCAUGAAGCCUUUUUGGUUGUCCACCCCUGACUUUGCCAGUACACACUAAGAACCUUUAUAAAUAUGAAUGGUGUAAUUCUUUAAAGUGGGUCAGAAUGUUGGACACACCUGGUAUCAACAUUCUGCUUCAGAGACAGUUCAUGAACAAGCCGAGGUAUCAUCACAUUAUUGAAAAGGAAAUAUUAAUAUAAAAAAUAAAUGUAACAUAACACUCUCUCAAAGGCCUAGUUCUCAUAUGCAGACUCAACAGACAGCACAGAAAAUUUGUUUUCGAUUUCAGCUUAGAAAUCAAGUGCAUAUAUUUGUAUAUUAUUAAAUGUUAUUUAAUUUGUAAGCUUGGUCUAACUCUUGGUCUUUCACAUUCCGAAUUUUAACAGAUGAGCUAAAACAAACACUGCCACAAUUUGUUGUGGACAUUCUUGAGGAAAAACUUGACAAGGCUUAUUUGGACUAUAUCACACAUUGGAUGUUUACAGACGAGAAGCUAAAAUCUAGGUAAGGAUAUUAUUUACACCUGUAGCAGGUAGGAGAAAAAAAAUGGCUGCAAGACAUCCAUUUUAGUUUUAAAAGUCUCAUAAGUCUCUAAACUGGAAAGUUACCUGUUUCCAACUGUGUAUGUUCUAAAGUAACAUUCCCUCUAUAGUUCAACAUUUCUCACAUGAUGAAUUUUAACAGGUUUAAAUUGGAGUAAAAUAAAUUUUUCCAACAAUGUAGUUUAUAAUCCUUCAGAAAUUUUUACAAAGACCUAAGUUUCUGAUUUGAUUAGAUUAAAAAUAUUCUAGAUUUUUGUCUGCCAAAUUAUUGUAAACCUUGUGUUUUAUUACGUUACAGAUCAGAGUUUGCCACAUCAGAAACAGUGGCCCCGCCAUGUCCCACAAUAAGCAUGAAAAAGUAUGAAGAGGUUUAUACCCCAGAAUCUCGUGAUCCUACUGAAGACCUGCCGUCUGUCUGGACACAAAUGGAAAGAGGAGCCGUAAGUUGUCAGUCUCUCACCUCAGGCUCCAGCUUCUACAUUGUCUAUGACCAUCAUUAGAUAUAUAAAAAAAUAUAUAUACAUUUCACCAGACCGAUAUAACAUACAUUGUAUUUGAUACAUCACAUAAAAAAUAAGUAAUACUAAAAGGACAAUAACUAAAACAAGUUAUUUUGUUAUUUUUUGCUUUAACAAAUUUUCAACCUUUGAUUACUUCAACAAAACCUAGUCACGAGAAUAAAAUACACAGAUUGUUUUUUUUUUUUUAAAUUAUUAAAAUCUUUUAUUUAAAGCUCUGCUUGUCUUUGUUGCUUUACAAUGAUUUGAAAUAAAUUUUACUUUUGAGGAGAGCCUAAAUAUUAAGACGAUAAAUAACACGUUUAUUCCACAAUCCUAUUACCAGACUAUGUAUUUACUUGAUACCAGGAACUGCUGAAAACAGCUUGGUGAUAAAUACCGUAUUUUCCGGCGUAUAAGACGACUGGCCGUUAUAAGACGACCCCCUACUUUUCCUUUUAAAAUCUAGGGUUUGGGCUGUGCACCAGCUCAUAAGACGACCCCCAGCGUAUAAGACAACCCUCGACUUUUGAAAAGAUUUUCAUGGGUUAAAAAGUCGUCCUAUACGCCGGAAAAUACAGUAAUUUAUUGUUGUCAAAUUUUUCACCUCUUUGGCAUGACAUUUAGUUUGUGUUACUGAGGUUAUUAUUAAAUAGAAUUUGUCAGAUGCUUUAAUUUCAUUCAACCUGUGUUGCAAGAGUAAAAUUUUACUAUGAAUUCAGUCAACAUUAUUGUUUAAAAAUUAUCCACAGCCCAUUAUGGUGUUUGAAGUUGUCCCUGACACAGAAGAGUACACUGCCCUUGCUUUACAGUUUCAUGAGACACUGGACUUUCCACGCUAUGAAAUAGUGCGCAUCAUUCGUGUGCAGAACCCAAUUUUAUGGAAAUAUUUUGCCCUGUGAGUGUUUAAUUUUUUUUCUGCUUGUCAGAAAUUCAUUUGUAAAAUACAUGCUUAUGACAUUGAAAACAACCUAACCUCAAGCUUAUCUCUUGUAGACAGAUAUGUGACUUUUGGAGACCCUUGCCACUUUUCGGUUUUUUGUUUUUAGCUAUUUAAUGCCAUUUAAAAUAGUUUCCAUUAAAUUUGUUCCACAUCACAAGUUGGGCCCCAUUCAAUAUCCAAGGCUCCCUGCAGCCGCAUGGGUUGCUGGGGCCAUGCCAUGACAUUGCUUGUUGAUAAUAACAAAUGCAAUCUACAUGUUAAAGACAGUGACAGACAUGAUGACCAAAUUAUGUUUUUCUUUCAGGAAGCGAAGUGAGAUGGUUCAGGAGAAUGAUGGCAUGGAUGUAGCAGAGAUUAAGUUGUUCCACGGUACACACAGAUCCACUCUGGAGGCUAUUGCCAGGAAAGGUUUUGAUUGGAGAUUGAGUGGAAAACACGGAACUGUUUUUGGGUGUGGUGAGUAGAGAAAACUCAAAUCAUUCUUAGAUCUACAAUUUUGAACCUUAGGGUCUCAUCAAAGACAUAUUUAGAAUGGUUUGAAGUGUUGCAAUUUUUUAAUGUUGAGCCAUUCCACAUAAAUCUUUGAUCCCAUACUUAAAAUGUAGAUGUGUUAUUUUAUCAGUCCCAUUUCUUUUCCGUUCCUAAUCAUAUAAUGCAGCAAUGAAAAAUAUGGUGACAGGGUUUCUUAAACCUUUUACUAUCAUCAAAUACACUACGACAUUUAAAGGUUAUUUUAUAUGGCUGUUUACAUUGUAGACAUAACUUGGAAAACAUUCCUAUAAAUCAGUCCUGCACAACUCAAAAUGUAAGGCGGGCCGUAAUACUUUAUAAAAACCUUGUGCGGGCCAAAAGAAAACAGGGCAGGUCUUGUGCGGGCCAAAGAAAAUAGACAGUGGGAAAGCUAUUUAGAAAAUAAUAAGAAUAAAAAAAAAUUUCGUUACGUCGCGUGCCGCAAAGUGGUGCAACCCGCUGGCCAUAUGUUGUGCAGGCCUGCUGUAAAUCAUUGUUUCAAGUUAUUCAUUUAAAUAAAUAACAUGAUCCCUUUUAUUGAGAUUCUUGGUGUAAGUUUUGUCUGGCCCAGAAUCUGUGUCUGCUGCUGAAAGUGAGCUACGUAAUCGUGAGUCCUAAAAAUGACUAUAAAGAAAACAAAGGAAUUAGGGAUGUUCAUCCGGAUUAGCUAGUGUAACAUGAGAUAAAAGAAGGGGAAACACAAGGUUUUUAUAAAGUAUUACAAAAAAAAAAAGAAGAAAAAAAAAAGAAAGAAAGUUAGUGCUGUUACUAAACGAGGAACAACAGAGACAUUUGUCGCAUUACUACUGAUCAAAGCAAGGUCUGUGCAUUGAGAAAAGCCUUGAAAUAUACCACACACAUGCCCUCUUGUUACAUUUAAAUAAAUAUAUAAUGACAGGUGUCUGUUUCACUGUCAGUUAUAUAAAUAUAUGACAGAAGUGUGUUUCACUGACAGUUAAAUAAAUAUAUAAUGACAGGUGUCUGUUUCACUGUUAGUUAUAUAAAUAUAUAAUGACAGAAGUAUGUUUCACUGACAUUUAAAUAAAUAUAUAAUGACAGAAGUAUGUUUCACUGACAUUGAAAUAAAUAUAUAAUGACAGAAGUAUGUUUCACUGACAGUUAAAUGAAUAUAUAAUGACAGAAGUGUUGUUAACGUGUUUACCCCACUUUUCCCGUGCCAUGAACUCUGGUUGACCCCACAUUAGACGGCGCUCGCAUUGGCCGUUGCAUAUUUUUCCUUUCAUUUAGUCGUUGUUUUCCACAACUAUCAACUAAAAAUAACUAAUAUAUUCUAAUAGAAUUUUGAGGAGACUUCGGUAAUUGACUAGAAAGAUAAACAAUGUAGAAGACAUUUCUAGAAGCGGUGGUCCUACCGACGCAUAGAUAUAAAAAGGGGAUUCAGAGAUUCAUCGAGAGAGAUUCGAUUAUAUAUUUUUCACUUUACGAGACAAGUGUAUUAUUGUGUGUACUCAUAUGUGUUUAUUCGCAUUCAUCAUUGUACUUUAUUAAUUGGCACAUUGUACUGUGUACCGGUACAAGACUUCUCAUACUCUUUAAGUUGAUGAUUGUAAUUAUAUUUCUUUUGUUUUGUAAUUAUAUUAAUACUUAAAUAAAUCUUAUUAAUUGUGAUUAGUACUGUUUUGAGUGUUGUAUUUUUGCUAUCGUAUUUCUAUAUGGUAUCGUCCUUUGUUAGGCACUGUUUAAAACGAGUCAGUAACUUAAAAUAAGAGAUUAAUUUCUCACAAUAGAAGCCAGUGCGUAACAAGUGUAUUUCACUGACAGUUAAAUAAAUGUUUGGGAUUCAAUAAGUUUUAUUACAAGGUUAUUACCAUUAACUUUUGUUACAUUUACAUUAAUUUAUCCUGUGAUCUUGACCUUCUACUAUGGUUACCUUGAUACAAACCCCAAAACAUUGUUCUUUGAUCUUUCAUGAUGUGUAUAUACAUUCAAAAAUUUUACUUUAAAAAAUCACAAUGGACUUGUAUGACAAUGCAUUUAAUGAGUAUUUCCUGUCUCCAGGUUCUUACUUUGCCAAAGAGUCCAGAUAUUCCCACGGCUACACAGACCGUGCUGGCAGUGGAGUGAGUGUACGGCUGGGAGGUACACCAAGCACAAUGUUCCGACCAAUCUACAGUCGAGGUGUUGGUGCACCCCACGGCCAUUUACGACCACUCCCUGUGUACAACCUGGCCCAGCCGACAGUCACACCUUUAAUGGGCCUGCCCACUUCACUCCUGUCACAGACCCACCCCCCGCAACCCCCGCCUGCUCACUUCCACCUGCCGCCUCCCCCGCCCGCUCAUGGCCAGAUGUCUUCUUUGCAAGUACCGGCCCACAAUCAGACCUCUGGACCUCAACCAAUACAACAUACAUCAGCAACUACCGGCCUGCUGUCUUCUGGAUCCACCAGCCUCCCCUCUUCCAAUAAUGGUCCUCUCUUAGUUUCAUCAUCAGCUAACUCCCCCUUCCACUUUAAUGCUAGCCAGUCAUCUACCUUGAAAUCUGUUAGACAAGCUGUGCUCAACACACAUGGCUUUCUAGACUCGCUUCUUGGUGUGAAUUCAAAAUGUAAUUCAAACUGUGGGGGCGCCCGUCCUCCCAUGGGUCCCCUAACAUCUUCAGUUCCAUCUCAGCUGAAUGGUGCACCGUUUGUCAAUACUCGCUCACUGUUUCCUUCAGGUUCCUGUUCUUCAAACUCAAAUCCAUGGCUUACCAAUAUUUUCAACACUGGCUCAGGUCCAGAGGCUGGUAGCAGUUGCAAGUUGUCAGACAAUAGCAGUAAUAACAGUGUCAACUCUAGCUGCCUGUAUGCCAACAAGGCUAGUGUGAACAAAGUCAAUGGCAAGACCGAUGGAUCCUCUGAAACUAGUCAGGCUGGAGGUAGAGGUUCGACUGACCUGGCAUCGGUCUUCUGUCAGGAUGCCAAACCAGACAGCCAUUUUAUGUUUGUAGCUCGUGUUCUGGUAGGACGCCACACUGGCGGUUCCUCAGGUCUGAAACGUCCUCCGCCCCUUGAUCAGAACAACCCAUUUGGGAAGUGUUAUGAUUCAUGUGUGGAUAACAUCUUUUCACCUCAGGUGUAUGUUAUAUUUGACAGCAACCAGGCCUACCCGGAGUAUGUCAUCGAGUACACCUGGAGCAAGGAUCAAGAAAUGUAA